ACCUCUUACGUUUAAACGAAGCAAUAAUUUCGUAACGUUCAAUGUAAGCUUAGAAUGACGUCAAACCGUGCUAGUGCAAUUUUUACCGGCCAUCAACAGAUGAGUCAUCGCGCUCCAACAAGAAGUGUAACGCGCGGAGGGCGGGGCAAUGAAAAUAACGCAGAUGUUUGAGAUGACGCAGACGUGUUAAAUAAAGGACGGAGGAUGCCUUAUCGGAGCGAAUUUUCCCCUGUGCAAAAUGUCGAUAAGUUGGGGAGCCCAAUAUCCAAAGUUGAAGACAAAUUUUCGACUUGCAAUUAACCGUUUGAAAUUAAUGGGCAAGAAGAAGACGGAAAUGGCGAUGAAGGCACGUACGGAGAUUGCUGAGUAUAUAGCAUCAAAUAAGGCCGAUCGGGCUCGAAUACGGGUGGAGCACAUCAUUCGCGAGGAUUACUUGGUUGAAGCAUUCGAAAUACUGGAGAUGUACUGCGAUCUUCUACUCGCCAGAUUCGGAUUGAUUGAACAAAUGAAAACACUCGAUGAUGGUAUUGCUGAAGCUGUUAUCAGUAUCAUGUGGGCAGCUCCGAGACUUGCCAAUGACAUCCAGGAAUUCAAGACCAUAAGCGAUCAACUGACAAUCAAGUACGGUAAACCGUUCGCUGAAGCAGCCAGGGCAAAUCAGUUGGAGUUCCCUGCUAAAGUUUCUCCGAAACUUAUCAGCAAACUGAGUGUAGCUGCACCACCAAAGGUGAUGGUAGAAAGGUACAUGAUCGAGAUUGCUGCGAGUGCCGGCGUUCCAUUCACGCCAGAUCCAGAUGUCAUGAGAGAUGAUGAGGUGGCUCAGGCAGAAAAGAUGCUCAUUGACUUCAAGCAGGCUGGUACCACUACUAACGUCACCGAUGCAACACAACCAGUAAUACCUCCGGGUGCUCCAGUAGGAGGCAUUCCGCCCGCUGCUCCGCCAAGUGACGGCGUGAAUUACGGCUGGAAUCUCCCACCAGGCGCACCACCACCACCUGGACAUUUCCCACCACCUAAUGUUCCGCCUCCACCACCAGGAGAUGAUUACGGAGGAAGUGGCGGAGGAAGUCACAUUUACGAAGUCCCAACGAAUGUUCCUCCACCAAGCUACGACUACAACGCAGGGCCUAACCCUGGAGCCGGAUACACAACUCCUCCUACCGGCAUGAUUCAACUGCCAAAAAUUGGUCCAAAUGGGCUACCGAUAUAUCCCGGAGGUGAAAGUCAUGCAUAUCCUACGCUAAGUCAACGGAAUUCGAUGGUUGUUGACGAGAAGAAGCCAGUCGUACCACCUCAUGCCACUAGCAACAUACCAUCAGCACCUCCACAGACCAUCAAGCAAAACGACGAUGCUACUCUACCUAACGAUUGGACAUUCCCCGAACCACCAAGCACCUUCGCUGGAGGUCCACCUGGCAAUAAUGGCGGUGGUGGCGGCAGUGGCGGUGAUUUGGAUUUCGAUGAGCUCGCGAGAAGAUUUGACCAACUGAAGAAGAAAUAAAUCGAUGUUUUACAAAUUUGCUUUGAUCGCUCGCUGUCUCUGAGAGACUACAAAACGUGCCGUGUCUACGCUUGUGUAUACUCUUUCUACGCUUAUUGCAGUCGAGCAGUUCUUUCGUGCAUCUAGUGUAAUUGCACAUCCUACGGCAAAUCUGCACAAAUUCUACGCUAUCAGAAUCACAAUCAAUAAUCGUUCAGUAAUUACAUUAGCCCACAAAAUAUUCUAUACAUGUGUGCAACAACACUAUUUUUCAAUGUCUGCUCGCUUUCCAUUGUAUAAUG